AUGCUGGGCUCGAUGAAACGCAUCAAGAUGUGCGGCUUAGCCGACACUCUGUUCGAUAAUCUGCACAGCCUGAGGUUGCAAGAAUUAGAGAUCUCCAAAAGUUUCCGAAGACUACUAAUUGGAAGCAUGUUUUUCGCUUACACUACCCCUGUGAUUGCUCCCGUCCUGACUUUUAUGGUCUUUUCGCUCAUAGCUCUAAGGAGCAAUGGUAACAGCACCCUGGAUACUAGCAAAGUUUUCACGUCGCUUUCGCUGUUUGCGCUUCUCGCUGACCCUCUGUCCUCGCUGAUCAUGGCCAUGAGUGCUUUUGCCGGCUCUUUAGGCUGCUUUGGCCGCAUUCAAGUCUUUUUGGAUACGCCUGAACAUGUAGAUAAAAGGAUCAAGCCCUUUCAGUACGAAUCUGACAAUGGACAAAGCUCUCAAAGCGAUACCAGCGCCAGUGACAGUCUCAGAUGGACCGAGAAGUCCUCCCAGUCUCGCAUGACUUCCACAAAUGACAGAGGGAUCAUGUCUUUUCCAGGGUCUCAUGCCGACUUCAUGUGCGUAGAAGACGGUAGCUUCGGCUGGGAAACAGAGAAGGAAGCUCUGCUGUCGUCGAUCAAUCUGAGCAUUCCGCAAGGAAAGUUGACAAUGAUAGUGGGGCCUGUAGGCUGUGGUAAAACGAUACUGCUGAAAGCGCUCCUGGGCGAGGUCCCUGCGCUGUCCGGGACCAUCAAACUGUUUGCCGGUGACGUAUCCUACUGCGAUCAGUCACCUUUCCACAUGAACGGCACCGUACGGGACAGUAUCACCGCAUUUUCCGAGUAUGAUGAUCGUUGGUACAACACUAUACUCGAGGCUUGUGCUCUAGACGAAGAUCUGCGUCAGAUGCCGUUGGGUGACCAGACACAAAUCGGAAGCAAGGGCAUCGCACUGAGUGGAGGCCAAUGCCAGAGGCUCGCAUUGGCUCGCGCUGCUUACUCACGACAUGACCUAUGCAUCCUCGAUGACGUACUCAGCGGUCUAGAUAUGGACACCGAACAGCGGGUCUUUCACAGUCUUUUCGGCCGGGAUGGGUUACUACGCCGCCAAGGUACCACCAGUAUCCUCGCUUCCUCCUCCAGCAGGCGAGUUCCCUUCGCAGAUCACAUAGUCGUCCUCGACGUGGACGGCAAAAUAUCUGAACAGGGAAACUUUAAGGAGCUCAAUUCAGCCGGCGGCUAUGUCUCAAGCUUUGAGCUGCAGCCAGCGGAUUGGACUGUUCAAUCCACAGAGAUGACAAACCUAGAUCAAGUCUUAGCCAUGACCACUACAAGUAAAAUCGUCCAUCCCACAUUGCCACCAUCCAAAGAAGCGACAGAGACGAUAGAAUUCGAAGCGAACAAGCGAACUGGUGAUCUUGCCAUCUACACCUACUACGCGAGAUCUGUCGGUUGGUUUGCAGUGGUAACCUUCAUCGUCGCCAUGUGCGCUUACGUAUUCUGUAUCUCCUUUCCACAAGUCUGGCUUGGCUGGUGGGCGGCCGCAAAUGCUCAGCGCCCAAACCAAAAGCUAGGCUACUAUCUCGGCAUCUACGCUAUGCUCGGUGUGAUGGGCCUCAUCUCUCUAAUCAUCAGUUGCUGGCAGAUCAUCAUCACCAUGGUACCCCAAUCAGGAGAAAACUUCCACCAUCGACUGCUGAAAACGGUGCUCGCAGCUCCACUGACCUUUUUCUCCACGACCGACACCGGUGUUACGCUCAACCGAUUUUCGCAAGACCUCCAACUCAUUGAUAUGGAUCUUCCACUCUCCGCACUGAAUUUCGUUGCAGCCUUCAUCCUCUGCAUCGCGCAAAUCAUCCUCAUCGGAAUCUCCUCAGUCUACGCCGCAAUAUCGUUCCCCGUCUGUUUUCUCUUCGUCUACUUGAUCCAAAAAUUCUACCUGCGCACCUCCCGUCAACUACGAUUCCUCGAUCUCGAAGCCAAAUCACCACUCUAUUCUCUAUUCAGCGAGACCAUCGCCGGACUCACCACGAUUCGCGCAUUCGGCUGGCAACGUUCUCUAGAGGCGAAAAACCGCCACCUCCUGGACCAGUCGCAGCGACCAUUCUAUCUCCUCUUCUCCGUGCAGCGCUGGCUACAACUAGUGCUCGACCUUCUCGUCGCCGCAAUAGCCAUAAUGCUCAUGUCGCUCAUCACUGGCCUACGCGGUGUCCUCAGUGGCGCCUACGUCGGCAUCGCGCUCCUGAACGUGAUCCUCUUCAGCCAGACCCUAAAGCUCGUAUUGCAGUACUGGACGAUGCUCGAAACGCACAUUGGAGCCGUCAGCCGAAUCCGGAACUUCACCAGCACCACUAACCCCGAGGACACGUCCCAAGAGACGGCGGUACUGCCACCCGACUGGCCCGCCCAAGGCGCCAUCGAAUUCCACUCCGUAAGCGCAGGCUACGAGAGCAACCGCGCGGUCCUCAAAGAAGUCACGCUCUCCAUCCGAGGCGGCGAGAAGAUCGGAAUCUGCGGGCGCACCGGCAGCGGCAAAUCAUCUUUGAUACUGACGCUCUUCCGGAUGCUAGAGCUGCGCGCGGGCAGUAUCACGAUUGACGGGCUGGACUUGAGCACCAUCCCGCGACACGAAGUGCGGUCCCGAAUCAUCGGGCUGCCGCAGGAUGUAUUCCUCCUGAAUGGGAGCGUGCGGCUGAACAUCGAUCCGUACGGGCGGGCUACGGACAAAGCACUCAUUGCGGCUUUGCAGGAUGUAAGGUUGUGGGAGGGGAUACAGGGGAAAGGGGGCCUAGACGCCGACAUCGAAGACGUGAAUCUCUCCCAUGGACAGAAGCAGCUUCUCUGUCUGGCUCAAGCGCUGUUGAGGCAGAGUUCUAUCCUCGUUCUCGACGAAGCCACAAGCAGUCUCGACGACGUAACCGACGCGCUGAUGCAGCGCAUCAUCCGGCAGAAAUUCUCCCGCCACACCAUCAUCGCCGUAGCGCACAAACUGGACACGAUCACCGAUUUCGACAAAGUGGCCGUGCUGGACAAGGGGACGCUGGUCGAGCUCGACAGUCCGUACAAGCUGCUGGCGCAGCCGUCGUCGGCGUUUAGUCAGUUGUACAGGAGCUCGGUCCCCGAUGGGGGGUGA